AGAAUUCAAAAGCAGGUCUGAGUUCCAGGAAUGUGCUUCGUUCAGCUCGUUCAUUCAGAAUUUGCAAAAAAAGUCGGGAAGAUAUAUCUGAAUGAAACAUAUCAUGUCACCACCAAAGAAGAAAUUCGACUUGGAAAGCGUUAAAGAAUUUAUCAGAAAUGUAGGGAGGAAAGCUGCUUCAAACCCCAGGCUAUCGUUAGCCUUUGCGUUUCUGUUAACAGUUUUUUUGGCUGGUAGUCUUAUUCUCGCAUUUAAGUUUGGACAAGAAUCAUCAGAAACAAAAGGUAGUCAAGGUAAGUGCAGAUAACAUUAAGGGGUAAUAUAAGAGAAUUUAAAAACGUUAUCUUCCGCACUGGCUCGUUUGACUCUGUUUCGGAACUGAACCAACUUACUACGUACUAAGGGGGGAGCUUUGUCAACGACGUUGGCAACAGCUCUUAAACAAACACCGUGCAACUCUGCACAUGCAACACACUUUGGUAUAUCUCUCCGCCCGGCACUGCAUGACUACGGCGUAAAAUCACCUUACACGAUCCUUAAUGAAACUUGGGUUCCAUCAUCAAGAAUUCAACACCAGGGAAAUUCAUCCUUAAUUGCUGUUUCAAAUGAUUUGUAAUAAUUGCGACAACCAGUGAAAAAGUUUAGAAAAACGCUAAUUCAUUUUUGAUGAGCCUUUUUGUUGCAGUCGCCGUGGUUUUCAGCUGAACUAACGUACCUCACGGCGGCUAUGCUGAUGGACAAGAAAAAAAUCGUUUCCUUUUAUUCAGAACUACCCUCUUUAUACAUGCAUUCACCUAAAAAUUAUUGUUUAGUCAACCAACAUGGCUGCAUGUUUUGUUGCGUGAUAGAAAAAAACAGCAAUAUGCUUCGCUGAGCAAUUUUUGUGGUUACUAAGUCAUUGUUUAGGUUGUACAUUAAUGGUCACCCAAAAAGCGAUAUUAUGUAUAUUGUAUUUCAUUUAUGUAACGAAAAAUGAACAAACUCAUCAACAACACCAAGGAUUUUCUAGAUGAGACGGCAAUUACCGACAAGUAUUCUAUUUUCAGGAAACUGUAAUCUGCUUACUGACUCUCAUGCCAUUUAAAUUGCCCGACGUCCUUAUAGGUUUUAUAACACUGGGGCAGCUUAAAAUACUAUAAUUACAGAUCGAACCUUUUAAAAUUGCGGGACAUCUUGUAAAUUUACUCCUGUAUUUUGCUAUAAAACCUCCAAAACUGUUUUAAGCUUAAACUUAUACUCAUUUCUUGAUCCUCUGGCUCUCCAUAGUUGAAGAGGACAAGCGAAUAUUGGCCACUGGAUUUGAUUGCAGGCAGAAGCCACUUUGCGAUGUCAAUGCUGUUUGUACAACAGACCAAUUGAACAGGGAUCGUCAUGUCUGUGUCUGUAACAAUGGCUUUCAAGGGAACGGUUCUUUAUGCCAUGGUAAGAGCUCAGAUUUUGCGGGCCAAAUUAAUCCUAGGGAUCAAGUUCAGUUCAAACUAAAGCACGGCAGCAGUACGAUGCACCCCCGAAUAAGAACGAAUGAAUGAACAACUUUAUUAACGUGUCAAAAUCUUCUAGCGGGCCACAAGUAGCAUACUAAUCGGGGACACCUAGUUAGUAAAAUCUAUUUAAUAAGCUUAAGAUUGAAUUUGAUGAUAUUUACGCUAAAUAUUCACUAUAAAAUUACACUAAUAACGUUAAAUAUUAUAUAUAACAAUGAAUAAAAAUUAAUAAAUAAAUAAUAAUAACAACAAUAAAAUAGUCUACAAUCUAAUUAAUCGAAAAGUAAAUUAACAAGUAGGGUCUCAAGUAUUACACAAGGUACAAUUUGAACAUCUGUUCUCAGCUAUGAGACUUGAAAGGUCUCUCUUCUGGAUACUUGUUUUGAAAGCCGAUAAUGUGGCUAGGUCCCUGUCCUUUAUCUGAGAUUAAGAACCUCCUGGAAGAAAUUUCCCCCUUCAAUACCCCAAAAUGCAAGAACCUGUUUAGCCGAGGAAGAUCAAGCAGGUUUUUAUAUGUGGGUUACAGUUAAAUUAUGAUAAACAAUUUAACACAGGAGCGUAACUUUGAGAUAUAAGUACAGUAUAACAAGAACAUACUGUACCAAACUGCAUGUAUAAAAAUUCGGUAAUCAGUUGUGAAUAAAUACUGUAUUUUCAAGGACCAAACCCACGUUGAUUAUUUUUCUGGUAAUCAACAAUGUUACGUCCUUCAUGAAAAUAAAGAACCUAUUUAACAACCAACUUAGCCUAAAUUGCCGAUAAUUACCCCAAAAUACAAGAAACUAUUUUGGCAGACUCCACUGAAGUAGGUUCUUAUUCGUGGCUGUCUACUGUACUUCAUGGCAGUAGCAAGACUAAACGUCGUGUUCAAGACAUCAGAACUGUGUCAGUUGAGAAGUUUCUAUAGUAUCUACUCUCUGACCCGUUGAGACCUCUGUAAUGAGCCUUUUUCGACAAAUAUAUUUUGGAGAUUUCUGGAUGUUUUAUAUGUUAUGUCUUCAAAGUGAUCUCCAGAAAAAAGGUUAUGAAGACUUUGGAACAUUUUUCUUUAAAAUAUUGUUUGCCUCAGACGCGGGAAGAAGACUGCUUGUUAACUGAAAUUUGAAUGGACUCUCAGAAGCUAAAAUCUUAACUUCAAAGAUGAACUCGGGUGUAAAAGAUAAAGCUGUAGGGAAGAUGCAAGAUAUCUAAGCGAUUCAUAGUCAGAGAGUGUAGAAGAUUGAAACUCAAGCUAAAAAGUACUUACCCAAAUACGCACAUAGGGGCACAAGGGUAACUAUAGUGAAGGAAAGGGCAUUUUUUCUGAUAUCGGGACAGUUUAACUAGGCUUAUUUUCAACUUGAAUUUCCUGCAGACAUAGAUGAGUGCUUAUCCGAGGAACUGCAUUCCUGCCCCUCCAACGCAAAAUGUGUGAACGCCAUUGGCACCUACAAGUGUACUUGUGUUCCUGGUUACGAAGGAGAUGGACGCUCAUGUACAGACAUCAAUGAGUGCAGUAUAAGAAAACAUAACUGUAGCACUGAUUCGUUGUGUAAUAACACUAUUGGCUCUUAUACCUGCACGUGCCUUGACGGAUUUCAAGGUAAUGGCUUUUCAUGUAAAGACGUAGACGAGUGUAAAACAGACGUUCAUGAUUGCAGCCCCCAUGCAUCGUGCACUAAUGCAAUCGGUGGCCACAACUGCUCUUGUCUGCCAGGUUUCCAAGGUGAUGGGCGGACCUGUCAAGAUGUUGAUGAGUGCAUAGCCUUGAUCCAUAAUUGCAGUGAGCAUGCAUCGUGUAUAAACACAAUCGGUGGAUAUGAAUGCAAAUGUCGAGUUGGAUUUAAAGGCAACGGGUUUGACUGUAUAGACGAGAAUGAAUGUGAGAUGCAAACACACAAUUGUAGUGUCUAUGCAUCCUGUACGAACAGCAUCGGUGCAUUCAGAUGCAAGUGCUUUGUUGGAUAUGAAGGUAAUGGAUGGGAAUGCACUGACAUCGAUGAGUGUAGGAUUGGAACUGACAACUGUCACUCUAGUGCUAGUUGUGAGAACAAGCCAGGUUCGUACAGUUGCUUCUGCAAAAGAGGGUACACGGACAAUGGACGGUACUGCACAGGUAAGCAGUCUCCAGUGUAAUACCAAACUAUAGAAGCAAAGCUCAACAUUGAACCCGGCGUGUCCAAGCGAUGAAAUUCGACAAUUGAUAAAAUCGAUUGUAAUCGAUAGUAAUACUGAAUCGAGUGAUAUCGGAAAUGGAUUAAAAAAUCAGAGAUCGAAAGAGUUGAUUAUCGAUUUUUAUUAAUUUUCAUCGAUUAUAUCGAUUGUCAUUGGUAAUCGUUUGACCAUAAUUUCAGAAACGUUUGAGCUAUGCAUUAGAAAUUGAAAGUAUUACCAGUUGUAAUUUUUCACUUCCUAAAGGGAGAUCUUUCGUUCCAUAGCUGUUUUUCUUCUAGUCUGCUACACAGCCGUUUUCAGUCAGGGGUCGUCACGCAACGCUCCUCCCCAGUUUAUGGGGGGGGGGGGAGCGUUGCGUGACUACUCUAACGGCUGUGUACAGCUGUGUAGCAGACUAUUUUUCUUCUAAAUGUGUCGAAAAUACGAAAAAAAUGAUUGAAAAGUCUGAUCAUUUGAAACUUGCGAUGCGUGGACAAAAAAUACCUAAAUAGCCCCUUAUGACGUGGAUUUGUUGAACAACGUUUCUUGAAAGUACCGACUCCUACAAAUAACAAGAGAUCCGGCCACUUUCCCCGCUUUUAUGCGACGUAAACUAAAACUGUACAACAGAACUUCGUAAACUGGUGUCCAGCACUCUUUAAAAUCCAUAAGAAUUGAUACAAUUAAAAGAAGGAUUGUGAGUAUCGAUUUUCAUCGAUUGAUGAAACCAAUCAAUAUUAAUCAACUAAUUUUUAUCGAUUAAACCGAUUCUAUUUAUUGGUUUCCGAUGAUCGAUUUUCAUCGAUUGGGCACUCCGGGCAUUGAAUCAUUAGUACACCCUCAACGUAGGAAUUUAAUAUUAAGAAACAUGAUCUUUACCAUAGGCUUUCUCAUGACCGGUCUGACAUGAAAUAUCGAAGAUUUUAACUCUUGUACACGGUUGUUUUGAUAUCUUAAAAUGCCUAAAAUGGCAAUAGACAAAUCUGACUACACAGGAAGCUGUCACUUUUCUGGGUCUUCCUGUUAUACUGACAGAGAGCUCAGUUUUGGUUGAUCUUUAAAAUUUCAGAGAGAAAGGUACAUCUUUAUGGGAAUUUGGACUCCCUAACUGAGCGUGAGUUAAAGGCCUUUUACUAGAGCUCUUAAGAAUGGCAUCGUCUAAUAACGACUUCACCGUAUUAUUAUUUGGUAUUUAGAUAUAAAUGAGUGCCUACACAUGAAGACAAAGUGCAGUCCAAAUGCGCGAUGCAUCAAUAACCAAGGAUCCUACAGUUGUAAGUGCCUGGACGGAUACCAAGGCGAUGGCGAAACGUGCUAUGAUGAGGACGAGUGUAGUCGAAAUCCUUGCAACCCGAACGCAGUUUGCAGAAAUACAGACGGUUCGUACACCUGCAGCUGUAAAACCGGUUUUCGAGGAGACGGAAAGUGGUGUAAUGACUAUAACGAGUGCCUAGUGGGUGUUUCUGACUGCCACAAAAAAGCCGUCUGUGUAAAUACGUGGGGAUCGUAUCACUGUUCCUGUUCCAAAGGGUAUCACGGAAAUGGCCACGUCUGUAAAGGUGAGGGAUUCGGUCAUAUCCGAAAAAGUAUAGCUCUUGGAAAUGGAGGGGUCUCCUAGGAAUUCUUGGUAGAGCUGUGCCACCCGGUUCUCCAAAUCCUGACCCUAUUUCAGACCGAAACAUACCAUUCAUUUGCACACCCGUUUUCAGACCUGAUCUCUGAAAGAUGAUUAGUUUGUGAACCGAUUAUGGCGUUUAAGUAAAAUCACGAGGGCUUUUGCAGAAGACAGACACUGGCUGCUCUUCUCCUUUAAAAUGCUCUUGGAGCUGAAAAGAGAAAUACUUUAUAUGCCCUCCUGGUUCCCUUGCAGCGCUCGCUCGAGCACGCAGAGCUCCGCUCUUACUAAGGUAAGGAAGUGGCCCCAUUCCCCGCGCUUCGUUUAUAGGGGUCGAACUCCAGUCAUUACUAGUAUUACUGGGAUGAAAAUUCACGCUAUUUCCCAGAUAGAACAAUUUCAAUUUUUAAGGCACGUCCGGCUUUACUAAUACUGGCGAGUGUUAAAUAAAAGGUAUAUUUUUUUAGUCUUCCUUGAAAGAACUUACAGAAGCAUAAGUCCAAUUACGGUUCGUGAAAGUAUUUAAGCUAGCUGGUCAGCUUCACGUCAAAAAGUGACAAGGCUUUAUAGUACAUCCUCGUCUUUUGCUGACACUAACCAACAACCAAAAUCAGCAAAACCGGGUGUUGGGUGUGGUUGAUGGAGCUUAACGGCCAAAAUAAGCAAAAUUAGGUGUCGGGUGUGAUUGAUGAAGCUUUAAAUGUUUACAUGACCUACACCGUAACACUUAAUAACGACUGAACAUCUUUUUUUUCUUUUCCCAGUUUCUUCUUCCAGCAGCAUAAUACCGACAAGAUUUCUUUUUGUCGUCAUGCUUACCGUUUCUUAUGUGAUGUUAACUUGAGGACGAGGGCGGCGAUUUUGAAGCAAUUCUACACGGUUUAUGAUUGAUACUGAGCCUCCACUCAUGUCAUUCACAAAGGAUUUUUCUAGUCCAGUGUAGGAGAAAGGGUUUGGAAUCGGCCUAAAUAGAGUAAAGUUUCGUUUUCAGAAAUCGGUAGCAAAUCGCGUGCUAAGACUUUAUCACUAUUGGCCACACAAAUCGAAGACAAACAAUGAAAAUGGUUAGUUUUUUGUUAACGUAAAACUAAUUUUGUCAAAAAGGAUGUAUCCACAAAACCAUCUAAACUUUCACAAUCUUACUACUAAAGUUAGAAUGUAGAACUCUGAGCUGGUAGCAAAGCGUGGUAACGAAAACGGGUUCUUUGCGAACAACCAUAACAUAAGAAACCUGUUGCCUCCAACGCACUGCGGCAGUGGUUACACUUUAAGAAAACAGUGCAAUUUCAAGUAGCUAAUUUGAAAACCAAUUGGGCAAGGAACUCCUUCAUAUACGCCAUAUCUACCUUUUGCAAAGUAUUUGUAAAUAUUUUUAAUUCUACUUUUAUUAUUCAUAGACUAUUACUACAUUUUUUUGGUGUAUUAUUAUCAUAGUUUUAUUACGGUAUUGUAAAACUACAUAUUUCAGCCGAGCAGCUGCGACGUAUUUAAUAAACCAUCAAUCUAUCAAUAUUUCUAUCUAUCUCAGUAUCUAUCUAUCACAGAUCACACUGCUUCAGCAGUCCUUAACCCUUUAAGCCCUACGAUCAAAAUUUGCAUUCUCAUCUGUUGUCCAUAUCUAUUUCCUACAGAAGUAGUGAGGAGAAGUUGAUAAAAUAUCAAGCAAUUUCAGCUUGUGUGAUCAUGUCAGUAAUUUUCAUGACCACUCUGUUUUACAAAGCAUUGAUAUUACAAGGAGAAAUUGGAUGCUGAUCUCUGUUAGGGCUUAAAGGGGAUAUAUCAUGCUACUUGCUAAUUCUUUGAAAAGUUAAAAUUUCUCUUGAAACUCCGAGUUACAACAGUUUUCAUCCUUUGCAUUUGUAUGUUGUGUACAUUUUAUCAUGCAUAUUGUGCACUCAAGGAUUAGUGAAAGAAUCUUUUUAUCGUUUGUCAAUUUUACUAUUAAGAUGUAAAUUGAACGUGUUCAAGAUUCAAACAACUUAUAUAUUAUUAUAAGUUAUACAUUACUCACUAUGCUAGUAGGCAAAUUAGGUAAUAGUACUGGAAGAUGAACACAAUGUGUUGAAAAGAGUAAUAAAAAGUACUAUAGAUACAAUUUGCGAGAAAGAAAAACAUAUAAAGUCUAUGAAACCAGCUGACUCCUUUAUUGUUGUCGUUGUUGUUGUAAUAUAUAUAUAUAUAUUUCGUUGUUAUUGUUAUCCUUUAUCUUUUUUCUUUUAGGUUAGUAUCUUUUUAAGUGGAAUUGUAUAAUUUAAUUUAUUUAAUUAAUGUUUAUUUUUAAAUAACAUUGUAAAACUUGUCUUUAAUUAAUUCAAUAAAAUUGUUU